CCUUUGUCAAGCUGUGCAACAACAUGUCGAGCAUUCUUGACUCAGUUUUAGCAAAUAUAGGCUGGGAUGAGAGCUUUGCUAUACCCGAGCCCAAUGCUGAAAACAAGGCUUUGCUUGACGAGAUUCGUAUGAAAGAGGCAAAAUUUGCGCAAUUGAAAAACAAACUAGAGAGCAACAAGGAUCAAAAGCAGUUCAUCGGUGAAUUCCUCCAAAAUGGCAAGCAAGAGCUGGACAACAUUGAGGCUCUGUGUAAGUUUAAGGAAAGAGAAAGUGAGUUUCUUCAACACCUCACAUCCCUCGCAGAGAACGAGACAGGGCGCAUGACACAGGACAGUGCUAAGAUGGAGAAAGAGCUUCAGUUUUUUGCAGACAGGAGAAACGUGUUAGAGAAUAGCAUCUCCAAGACCAAACAGAAGCUACAGGAGUUCAAGGAGCAGAUGAAUUGGGAUCAGCAGGCCAUGGAUGCCUUUUUGAAGGAGUCGGCACUCAAUGAUGAGGAAACAAUGGCCAUUAUCAAGUAUUCCCAGCAAGAUGAGCAAAAGAUCAAGGCACUCUCGCUGGCUAUAGAAAAGAAGAACCUGGAAGCCAAUGAAAAGCGCAAAGCACAUGACAAGGAGUAUGCCGAGACUUUAAGUGCACAGCUUGCUUUGGAUAAGGCUGCAGUGAUUUUGUGGCAGGCCCACCAGGAGACUCAGCACCUUCUUAAACGGUGGGAAAACACAGUCAUGCAGAUGCAGAGACGUGAUGCAGAAAUGCAGCAGUGUGCACGGCAAAUUGAACAGGCCAAACAGAAGAUCAGGAACUUGAACACUGCUAUUUUAGUAAGGAAGCACUUCCUGGAAACUCAGAGGAAGACCAACAAGGACACUGAGAAGAAGAUAGCCCUUGCCCAACAGCUGGUUCUAAAAGUGCGUCAGGAAUUGGAAAGUGUGGAGGAUAACUGCAGCGCGGUGCAGCAUGAGCUGGAUUGUUGGAAGGGCACACUCAACAAAGCAAAGAACAAUGUGAAGACUGCGAUGUCCAACAUAUCCAAAAUGCAAGAAAACAUCCAGGAUAACAACAAUAAAAUCAAUGAGGCCAAGGCUCACAAUUCUGCGCUUGAAGAAAAGCUUCAAGCUGUUACUCAGUCUUCACUGAGCGAGGAGGAGAAGGCUGACCAGAUGGAACAGUUUCUUAGAGAUGAGGAGCAGGAGAUCAAGGAACUGAAUGACAAGCUGCGUUCUUACAUUGAACAGCUCUCCAUUUGCAAAGAGUUUUUGCAGUCCCUAAAGGACAAUGAGAAGGAUUGUAUCGCCAAUGUUUCAAAGAGCAGAUACAUUAUUUCCUGUCUGAAGAGCGAACUCAGAAAACUGCAGCACGACCAGCUAAGACACCAGAUGACCGUUAAUGAGCUGGAGUCGAGCAUCGUCUACCUGAGGAAGAAACUUGCUCGGCUGCAUGGUGACGUUCGCUUGGAAGAAAAACAAGAAAUCGCCAUCAAGAUUGAUGAGUUGAACAAAAUGGUUGAGGAGAAGAAGAAGACGGCGCAUAUGCUAAGCAUCGCACUCAAGCAGUCUGAAGAUGAUAUUCACUUUUUAAGGAAAGAACUGGAAAUUGCAAAACCUCAAAAGGUGCAUCUCUCAGAGAAGGUAGAAGAGCUCAUGCUAAUUGAUAAUAAAAGUGACAUGGAGGUAAAGAAACUCCAAAUCAAGAAGCAGGAAAGCAUGGUGGAGCAUAACAUCAUAAAGUUAAAGGUUAAGCGCAUUAGAAAUCAGCUGUACAACAAGGCUGAUGCUGUGCUGUCCUUGGAGAAGAGGAAGCUGGAGCUGCAGAGAGACAUAAAGGAGCGGGAGGAGGAGCUCAGGAUCUACAGAGAGAUGCAAAUCCAAAGGCUCAAGAUCAUUGAGCAGGAGAGACAGAGACUCAGGGCUGAACUAAAUGAGAAACUGUCCAAGAUUGAUGUGACAAAGAAACGUUGUGAGAUCUUGUCAUUUUCAAUAGAUGCUCCAGAGGGGGAGGAGGAUAAGUGGCAUGCUUACCAUCUUGUAAAGGUCACGCAAGUAAAACAGGAGCUCAGGCAAAAGGGAGACCAUCUCGAUGCUACGGUGUGCAAGUUAGAGCUGGAAAAUAAAGCUCUGGGGAACACCAUCACGUUGUUCAGCGACAGCAACUCAGUAUUUCGCAAAUCUCUCAACAAAGUAAAAGAAUCGUUUCCUGAAUACCAGGAGAAAAUGAAUUUAGCGGAGCAGCUCAGGGGAAGUGAAGAAACACUCAAGUCCAAGAAAAGAGAGAUCCAAAGACUUCAACAAGACAUAAAGAAUAUGAAUAAUGUGUUGGAGAGUCUGCUCCAGGAAGAGCUGCUGGAGAAAGAGAAGAUAAAGGAGAGAGAAUUAGUUAUCGUGAAACUGAACAAAGAACUCUUUUCUCUCCAAGAGAAAACUGACAGAGCGAAACGACAGUGCAUCAGGCUGAUGAAACAGAUCCGCGCGGCAAACAACACCAACACUGAGACCUUUGAAGAAAAGGACAUCAAACUGAGGGAGUUAAAAGAACUCAACAAGAGCAGCAAUAAGAUGUUGAAUGACGCCUUGGAGGACAAGCCGGAUCUAAGAUCAGUGGUGGAGACGUACUUCCAGGAGGGAUCCGUUCCAGAUUAGGGCUUUUACUCUUGAUUCCCAAACACUAAAGACUGUGGUCCUGGAGAUUUUUCAGGGGUAGCACAUAACUGAAGAAUGACCUAAUAUUUGUGUAGCUUGACAUAAUGGACAUACUUCUGUGUGUUGACCCGCCUAUUCUUAAUUUUAAUGUUUUUAAAUUUGUGAUUUUUCAGACUCACCACAUGUUAUAUACAUUUUUGAAAAUGUCUGAAUAAUCCUGUAUUUUGAGACCCAAUAUGACCUCAAUAAAACCUUUAUUUUAUGCUG